UAGAGGCUUCCUGUUAUUUUAUGUUUAUUUAUUUUAGGAUUUAUAGAGACAGACACACAAAAAUUUUAAUCUGUUUACUAUCAAAAAUGUCAAAUGAUAGAUAGACAGGACAGAUGGACGGACAGGCAGACAGACAGACAAGUAGACAGACAGAGUACAUUUAUGUGUAUGGUAUUUAGCUGAUGCUCUUAUCCAGAGUGACUUACAGAAGAGCUUUGAAGUGUGUAUCAAUAAAUAAAUCCUGAUACUGAUUCACUCAGUCAACGGAUCAUGCAAGGCCUGUUUAUCUGUGUGUGUGUGUGUGUGUGUGUGUUUGUGCGCGCGCGUGUGUGUGAUUACAGUGUGAAGCAGCCUCCAGCUGAUGGAGUGAAGUCGAACCCGUCUAAACGUCAUCGUGAUCGUCUGAACUCGGAGCUGGAUCGUCUCGCUCGCUUGUUACCGUUUCCUGAUGACGUCACGUCAAGUCUAGACAAACUGUCCAUCCUGCGUCUGAGCGUCAGCUUCCUGCGCAGCAAGAACUUCUUCUCCAUUACCCUAAAGAAUCACACCAGUAAAAGGUUGCCAUCCAGCAACGGUAACCAUGACAACAGUAAAGCUACAGGAUUGGUGGAUGGACGGCUACCAGAGGGGGAACUGCUGCUGCAGGCUCUUAAUGGGUUUGUGCUAGUGGUUACUUCAGAAGGGAUCAUAUUCUAUGCCUCACACACUAUUCAGGAUUACCUUGGAUUCCACCAGACGGAUGUGCUACAUCAGUGUGUGUUUGAGUUGGUCCAUGUGGAGGAUCAGCAGGCGUUUAGGCAUAAUCUGCACUGGGCUCUGAACCCUCCUGCUGCGGAGCAACAGCCCGAGAAAGCACAGGGUUCUGUCUCCGGUUUGUCUGCAGUCACGUAUAAACCAGACCAACUGCCUCCAGAGAACUCGUCCUUCCUGGAGAGGAGCUUCAUCUGUCGCUUCCGCUGCCUGCUCGACAACUCCUCCGGCUUCCUGGCGCUGAAUCUCCAGGGUCGCCUGAAGUUCCUCCAUGGUCAGAACAGACGACUGGACGAUGGAGGUCAAGCACCACCUCAACUGGCCCUGUUUGCUGUAGCCACGCCCCUUCAGCCCCCUUCCAUCCUGGAGAUCCGCACCAAGAACAUGAUCUUCAGAACCAAACAUAAGCUGGACUUCACUCCUAUGGCCUGUGAUGCCAAGGGUAAAAUAGUUCUAGGUUACACCGAGGCAGAGUUACGAGUCCGCGGCACAGGCUACCAGUUCAUCCACGCAGCCGACAUGCUGUACUGCGCAGAGAACCACGUCCGCAUGAUUAAGACUGGGGAAAGUGGCCUGACUGUGUUUCGACUGCUCACCAAGGAAAACCGGUGGAAGUGGGUGCAGGCCAACGCCAGACUCGUCUAUAAAAAUGGCAAACCCGAUUACAUCAUUGCCACUCAGAGGCCGCUCGGGGAGGAAGAAGGAAGUGAGCAUUUAAGGAAACGCUCCAUGCACCUCCCCUUCACGUUUGCAACUGGCGAAGCUUUGUUGUAUCAGACCAGCUUCCCCAUCCCUGGCUUCUCUGAUAACAUGGCGACCAAAGGCAAGAGUGGGAAAGCCAAGAAAACCAAAGUAGACAAAGCGUCAAAAGAUGAGCUGGACCCCAGCUCCCUGCUCGGUGCAAUGAUGAGGCAGGACAAGUCGGUUUACGUAUGCCAGCCCGCGUCAGACCCUAAAGCACCAUACCGCAGCAGCCUGCCUAGCAAACAGGAGGAGACCAGCACCUUUUCUACAUCUGUGGAAAGUGAGAACUGGAAUUCUGUACCAAAUAGUGUAAACGGAGUCCCCAAGUCUGAAGUGCCAACUAGUUUCGACCCCCUGCUGGCUACACUGGAUUCUCUGUCGCUAGAAAAUGAAGAAAACUGCUCCAACAGCGAGUUGUUUAACGCGCUGGAAAACCUGGGAUUGAAUGCCGAGGAUCUGGAGCUGCUGCUCCUGGACGAGAGGAUGAUCCAGGUGGAAAUGGAGCCGGAAUACGUACCUUCCCUCAACGAUAUCCUUACUAACAAUGAGAUCCUGUCAUAUAUCCAUGAAUCAUUAGAAAAUAGGACAAGCAACAGGGAUGGUCUUGUUCCCUUUACUGCCCCAGACCUUGUAGACCCUAUAGAGGGCUCCUCAAAUCCAUAUAACCCACCGUCCAUGUCUGAUUCGAAUCCUACGACUGUUUCAAGCUCAUAUUUACCCUUCCGACCUCCCAGACUUUCGUCACCCAUUCUGCAUCUGUCGCAGCAGAUGCAGCAGCACUUGAGCGCUCAGUCCCUGCACCAAAAAUGCCACAGCUGGAUUCCAGAGUCACAGAUUAGCGAGGUUCCAUUCCCUCAGCACAGUUCAGUACUUAAUGCAAUAGCUGAUGUUCAGAAUGGUCACUGGAUCGCUCAACAAACCCCGGAGGAAGUCUCACAGGUUGAUGUAAAGUUUCCAGAAUCCAGUAGACAUCAGCAGCCUUGGUGCCAAAACCAGAUGCAGUCCCAUUUUCCGUAUAAACACGAACAUAUGAGUGGUGGUGGCUCUCAAAAUGGGAUCUACCCCAACCACCAGUGGCAAGGACGCAACUACAUAGACCAACUGGUCACCGCUGGUAGCCAUGUGGAUUACAGUAUGGUCACCGAGUCCCGGCAGGAGUUCAAUAGUAGAUCGGUUGGGGAAUUGCCAACAUCAUCAUCAUCGUCAUCAUCAUCUUAUCAGCAGCUUUACACAAAACAACCACCCACAAAUUUUUCCUACACCAAUCAGAACUCCUCACUGGAUCACAUUCUUCCAUCAUUGGAUGUUUAUGAAAUGUUUGAUUCUGCACAAUCCCAUGACUCCACCCACAGAAAGAUGGAAAACGGCUUCGUCCUCGACCCCACCACGACCUGCCCGCUCCCUAACAACAACGGUGUGGCACCGACGCCUGGCGACGAGCCCCGCCCACCUCUCCCAGAUCCACCAGCCACUGGCUUCUACCUCUAACGGAAGCCAGACGACGGACCAAUCAGAGCGUGCGCUGGCUAAAUCUGAUCGGCAGAAACGAACGACUAAAAUGAAGCGUUUCUGAUUUUACUGUUAAUAUUUAUUCAAUUCUAAGGUGAGGUGAGGAAGUGGUUUAGUUAUUCCAGAUAAAUCAGUAAGCACUCGGAGGUGUGUGUGUCGAGUUCUAAUGCGUUUAUGGCGUUCGCGUAUUAUUCCGCUGAGGAUUUCUCACGUGUUAUUGGUCACGACUCGCCAUUAAAGACGUCACCGGUCUAUAAACGUGUGUGUGUGUGUGUGUGCGUGAGACGCAGUGAAAGCUAUACGUGGCUAUAUACUUAGACUGAGAGAAAAAAAAAAGCAGUAUUAUGAUAAUAAAUAGAAACAUGAAGAUGGAGAUGAUUCAUUUAUUUAUAAGCUGGUCAGAUGAUUAUGAACGUAUUGUAUUUAAUAGCUUUUAACCAACGCAGCACUUCUGUUUAAGCACUAACUCUGAAAGAGUUUAGCGUUUCUGAAAAGGAAAAGGUCUCUCUUGUCGUUGCCUUUUGCUUCAACUUGAUGCUUUAAGUUACACCAGCUAGCUGUGGGGGUUUUUUUUAAAUGAGGAUUUUGUACAUUUAUGACAAAAAUCUUCUCCUAUUUCUUACAGAAAAGCCUAGCUAAUAUGAUAUGAUACACUAGUUGGCAUGCGUAGACAUAUAUGUAUUGUAUGUCUAUGUUGCCAUGGAACACAACAGCCUAGCGGUGUUCAAUAGCAUUGUUAGCUUCCUCGUAUGGGAUUUCUACCAUCCCCCAUAAACUUAAGCUUUUUUUUUUUUUUUUUUUGCUUUUUUUUUUGUUUUUAAUUAUUGUUACAAGAACGGUCGAAAGGAAAUCAUCUUGAAACGGGACAUUUUAAAGGGUUUUGUAAAGUUGUGACGAAAGCCAGCUAGCAUCAGACUCGAAAGUUAGCGAGGCAGUUUUGUUUUUUAGCGUUUGCUGAUAGCGCUUUAUAAUAGCUAAUAGCUUUUGCUAAUCGCACUUCUAAAACUCUCUCAUUCCCAGUACCACUUGAUCUGAGCCAUAUUUUUUAUGUUUUUUUUUUUUUUAAAACGACAAACCUGUGAAGUAUUUCUAAAAUCUGAAAAAAAAAAAAAGCCUUUUUGUAUUUCUUUUUUUACUUGAGCUUGCUGAUCUGAGACCGAGUGUGUGUGUGUGUGUGUGUGUGUUGUCGAGUUAGGGUUAUCUGUGGUUUAUCCAAGUGACAAACAAAAAAAAAAUCAUUAUUAUUAAGACUGUACUAUACUGGAGUACUAUUAUUAUUAUUAUUAUUAUUAUUAUUAUUAUUAUUAUUAAUAGUAUUAUAAUUAUGAUGAUGAUGACUGGAGUAGGAAAAAAUAAGUGAAAUAUAUAUGUAUUAAUGUAAUGCUAUAAAAUGGAAUUUCUACAUACGAUUAAUUACUUCAAAAACGUGUGGUGUUGUGAGAAAGCAGUCAUGAUGUCAUCCUCUUGGAAUCGGCAAAUUUCUGCUGUUUUUCCUGUCAAGUUCCUGUAUUUCUUUAAUAAUAUGUAAUGAAUUGUCACCAAAAUAAGGUGUUUAUCCAGUGUAAACAUGUCCAGACUUCCAUUAGCGUUAGCAGUGUAUCCCAUAGCUCGCCGAGCUCCAUUCAGCCGCCGGUUUAAGAGCCGCGAGAGUAAAAACAGCUAACUGUGACUCUCCGACCCGUCCUCUCGCCGUUUACGCACAAAAAAAAAUCGAAAGAGUUCAGUCGGUGUGAGAAGUUUUCUAAAGAGUGCGAGCGAUGCUCUCACGCUCGUGCUCAUGUAAAAUCCACCAAUAGGAGGAUGGAAGAUUCACAGGACGGCGAGAAAACACGGCGAUACGAUACGGCAAUGAACCAAACGCGCUAAUGGGCAGAAAACGUUUCCUAAUCACACAGUCUCUUAUAGAAUUUAGAGUUUAUUGUACAGGAUCUCGUACAGCGUGACGAAAGAUAAUCUCACGCAAGUUACAAAUACAGUUUUUUAAAAGUAGUUCAUUGUUUGUUGUCAAUCUGUUGGCCAAGCAAAUGUUCUAGCAGUUUAGCUUACUUACGAAUAACUUCGUCACUGCACAUG